CAUCCGCUCCGGCUCUUUUUUUCUUCGCCAUCCUUCCUCCCUCCCUCUAUCUCCCUUUCCCUGCGUCUGUGUAUCUUUGUUUCAUCGUCGGUGGACUGGACACUCUUUUCUUCCUUCCACCCUUUUCAAGUACUUAGAAAGACCGAAAGAAAAAAAAAACAACCAACAAACAAACACCAAAAAGUCAUCAACCCGCCAGAUUUCAUCAUGUCUUACGGAGGCGGUCAUCGCGAGUCUUAUCGCUCCAGAAACAACGGCCAUAACGAUGGUGGCUACGGUGGUGGCUCCAACGGUUACCAGGGCGGCGGCGGCUACGGAGGUGGUGGUGGUGGUGGUGGUUACGGCGGUAGAGGUGGCGGCUAUGGCGGCGGUAGUGGUGACCGCAUGUCUAACCUCGGCGCUGGCUUGAAGAACCAGGAAUGGGAUCUUUCCACUCUUCCCAAGUUUGAGAAGUCUUUCUACAAGGAGCACGAGAAUGUCACCAACCGCACCAGCCGCGAGAUCGACGAGUUCCGCAAGAAGCACGAGAUGGUUGUCCAGGGCAAGGACGUUCCUCGUCCUGUCGAGACCUUUGAUGAGGCUGGCUUCCCGCAGUACGUCCUCGGCGAGGUCAAGGCUCAAGGGUUUGAGCGCCCGACUGCCAUCCAGGCUCAGGGCUGGCCCAUGGCCUUGUCGGGACGUGACGUCGUUGGUAUCGCCGAAACUGGUUCCGGAAAGACUCUUACCUACUGCCUUCCUGCUAUUGUUCACAUCAACGCCCAGCCCCUGCUGGCUCCCGGGGACGGUCCCAUUGUCCUCAUCCUGGCCCCGACUCGUGAGCUUGCCGUACAGAUCCAGGUCGAGAUUUCCAAAUUCGGACGCUCUUCCCGUAUCCGCAACACCUGUGUCUACGGUGGUGUUCCUAAGGGCCCCCAGAUCCGUGACCUGAGCCGUGGUGUCGAAGUGUGCAUUGCUACCCCUGGUCGUUUGAUCGAUAUGCUGGAGGCCGGUCGCACCAACCUUCGUCGUGUCACUUACCUUGUGCUCGACGAGGCGGAUCGCAUGCUUGACAUGGGUUUCGAGCCCCAGAUCCGCAAGAUCAUCUCCCAGAUUCGUCCUGACAGACAAACCUGCAUGUGGUCGGCGACCUGGCCCAAGGAGGUUCGCCAGCUUGCCUCGGACUUCCUGAACGACUGGAUUCAGGUCAACAUUGGUUCCAUGGACCUGUCCGCUAACCACAGAAUCACACAAAUCGUCGAGGUCGUUUCAGAAUUUGAGAAGCGCGACCGGAUGGUCAAGCACCUUGAGAAGAUCAUGGAGGAUCGUAGCAACAAGUUGCUGAUCUUCACUGGCACCAAGCGCAUUGCUGACGAAAUCACUCGUUUCCUUCGCCAGGAUGGCUGGCCCGCACUCUCUAUUCACGGCGACAAGCAACAGAACGAAAGAGAUUGGGUCUUGAACGAGUUCAAGGCGGGCAAGAGCCCAAUCAUGGUGGCCACCGACGUGGCUUCCCGUGGUAUCGAUGUUCGCGACAUCACUCAUGUGCUAAACUAUGACUACCCCAACAACUCGGAGGACUACGUUCACCGUAUCGGUCGAACUGGUCGUGCUGGUGCCAAGGGAACUGCCAUUACCUUCUUCACCACUGACAAUGCUAAACAAGCUCGUGACUUGCUCACUAUUCUCACUGAGGCCAAGCAGCAGAUUGACCCCCGUCUCGCCGAGAUGGGUCGUUAUAGCGGCGGCGGCGGCCACCACGGUGGCCACGGUCGCUGGGGUGGUGGCCGUGGUCGUGGCCGUGGCGGUGGUUACACUGCUUCCAACGCUGCUCCUCUCGGCAACAACCGCCGCUGGUAGAAUGGCUUCGAGCCUGUAUACUUUUCAUGUGUCUGAACCUGGUAGACCUCUUUUUUUUCUCCCCCUCAUUUCCCUUGCUUCAAGUUUCAGUAUGGGCGGCGUUCAUCGAUGUUACUACCAUAGACUGUUCUCCGAGUCGCCCUUGGCUCAUGGAGCUUUUUAACGUGUCCGCAGAUUAUUCGCAUCCAUGUCCCAGGUUAUGAUCGUUCUGUCAAAGUUUUAGAAGCUUUUUUUUUCUCUAUUUGAUAAUGUUCUUUUCCCUUUGUGG